CCGGAUUCGCAUACCUCCACUGCAUUCGCAUCACAUCAAGACGCUUUUUGGACGUGUUAUCACUAAAGCAAGUCUUCUGCAAGCAGGUGCUGAACCAAAUUAUGGAACAGGCGCAUUUCGCAGACGAUAUAUCAUGUGUUAGAGAAUCGGAUGUCCCCGGAAGUUGUGCUCCUAGUUGCUAAUUUGGCGCUCUGCACGAGUGUGGGAGAAAAGUCGAACGCCACAAGAAAUAAUCCGGAGUACGGAGAGGAUGCGUUCAAGCUUCGCCUUGCAUAAUUGUGCAAUUACAGAGGUGGAGCGAUGGGGCGUAUGUCGCACAAGAGAAAUGGUAAGGAUAUCGCGGCAAUCAAGAGGUUACUUGCGCGACAACGAGCUACCAUCAAUGACGGCAAUGACAGGUUCAAUACCGUCGCAUGUGCAUUUUUGCGGAUGGAACGACGAAAUCGCUCGUCGGUAUAUAGCAUCUCAAACAGAACUCAAGCCAAGGAGAAUUACAAAUGUUGGUGCGACAAUCCUUGCAACGAACUAUUUCGCCAAUCCUUCUGGACAGCAUCACCUGCUGAACGUGCGCAGGUACUCCAUCCGACUUGGAUCGAGUGCCAUAUCCAGAGACAGCUGCGCUACCUGCAUCCCACCCUCUCUCCCAGCACGCCCGUGCAUUCGCUGAUUGUCGGUGGAAGCUCCCCGGAUUACCCCAGGCCUCAGCUGGAAGCUGUCUUGGCGAGCAGCCAGGGCUUCCUGACCACGUCGGAACGUUUCUUGGAGUGUU